AUGGCAGGGAGGGGAAAACUGAUGGCGGUGAUCAAAGAAGAGGACACAGUGACUGGUUUCCUGCUAAGCCGCAUCGGGGAGCUUAACAAGAACCACCACCCUAAUUUCCUGGUGGUGGAGAAGGACACGACCAUCACUGAGAUCAAAGAUACUUUGUGGCAGUUUCUCAACCAGGACAACAUUGGCAUCAUCCCCAUCAACCAGUACAUCGCAGAGACAGUGUGGCACGCUCUGGACGCCCACCAGCGCUCCAUCCCGACUGUGCUGGAGAGCCCUUCCAAGGAGCACUCCUAUGACGCCGCCAUUGCACCCCUAAGCCCCUCAACAUUGCAGAGCAUGACUUACACAGGCACUACUCAUUAA